CUAGAAGCGGCGAACGUGGACGAGGUUCUCCGCCCGGAAAGCAGUGGAAAUACGCUGAUUACAACGUGCCCGACGAUAGCCCCUGCUUCGGAACUACCUGCGACAACGGCUACUGUUACGACUUCAACUGCGCCCGAAGCUGCAGCAUCAGUACCGAAAGGAGUGCC